UACACUAUCAAAAUAAAGAAACAAAGAAUAAACUCACACACACUACACAUAAACCAGUUGAGAGAGAGAGAGAGAAGGAGGUUAGGGCAAAUCUUGGUGGAUCUAGAUCUUUAGAGAAACAGCCAUGGCGAGAGGAGCUCUCGCUUUUCAACAACAACAACGACGACGAUGGAUCUCUCUGUGUCUCUUGCUUUUCUUCUUCGUCCAUGUCGAUGUCGCUCGCUGCUUCUACCUCCCCGGCGUCGCUCCCCAAGAUUUCCAAUUGGGGGAUGAGUUGAAGGUGAAAGUGAACAAAUUGACCUCUACAAAAACUCAGCUUCCUUACUCGUACUAUUCCCUCCCAUAUUGUCCUCCAGAGAAGAUAGUUGACAGUGCCGAGAAUCUUGGGGAGGUUCUUCGUGGUGAUCGUAUUGAAAACUCUCCUUAUGUGUUUAAAAUGAGAGAACCACAGAUGUGCAAUGUUUUAUGUCGAGUAACUCUCAAUGCGAAAACUGCAAAGGCAUUCAAGGAAAAGAUAGAUGAUGAGUAUCGGGUGAACAUGAUUUUGGAUAAUCUUCCUCUGGUUGUCCCUAUAAGAAGGCCUGAUCAGGAAAAUUCUAUUGUGUAUCAACAUGGCUUCCAUGUGGGUCUGAGAGGACAGUAUGCAGGGAGCAAGGAAGAAAAACAUUUUAUCCACAAUCACUUAACCUUUACAGUCAAGAUUCAUAAAGAUCCAGUGACAGAAUUAUCAAGGAUUGUCGGAUUUGAGGUCAGACCAUUCAGUAUCAGGCAUGUAUAUGAUGGUCAAUGGAAUGAAAAGACCCGUUUAAAAACUUGUGAUCCUCAUGCAAAAGCCUUGGUUACCAACUCCGAAACUCCUCAAGAGGUUGAAGAUAAGAAGGAAAUUAUAUUUACGUAUGAUGUUAACUUCGAGGAGAGUGAUGUGAAAUGGGCAUCUCGGUGGGAUACCUAUCUUCUGAUGGCUGAUGAUCAAAUUCACUGGUUCUCAAUUGUUAAUUCUUUGAUGAUUGUUCUUUUCCUCUCGGGCAUGGUGGCUAUGAUCAUGUUGCGGACACUUUACCGGGACAUCUCCAAGUACAACCAGUUAGAGACUCAGGAAGAAGCCCAAGAAGAGACAGGGUGGAAACUGGUGCAUGGGGAUGUUUUCAGGCCUCCAUCAAACCCAGACUUACUAUGUGUUUACGCUGGGACAGGAGUUCAGUUUUUUGGGAUGAUUGUUGUCACUAUGAUGUUUGCUGUCCUUGGAUUCCUCUCUCCCUCAAACCGGGGUGGAUUGAUGACGGCCAUGCUUUUACUCUGGGUCUUUAUGGGACUGUUUGCUGGAUAUUUUGCAGCCCGCCUCUAUAAGAUGUUCAAGGGGGCAGAAUGGAAGAAAAUUGCUCUCAAAACAGCUUUCUUGUUUCCUGCAACUGUCUUUGCGAUUUUCUUCAUCCUGAAUGCUGUAAUUUGGGGGCAGAGGUCCUCUGGGGCAGUGCCAUUCGGAACCAUGUUUGCUCUGGUUUUCUUGUGGUUUGGCAUCUCAGUUCCCCUUGUUUUUGUGGGUAGUUAUGUGGGUUUUAGGAAGCCUGCAAUUGAGGAUCCUGUGAAAACCAAUAAGAUCCCUAGGCAGAUCCCUGAACAGGCUUGGUACAUGAACCCAGCAUUCUCUAUCUUAAUUGGAGGCAUACUCCCCUUUGGUGCCGUUUUUAUCGAGCUCUUUUUCAUCCUCACUUCAAUAUGGUUGCAACAGUUCUAUUACAUAUUUGGGUUCCUCUUCAUUGUCUUCCUCAUCCUUAUUGUCACAUGUGCCGAGAUUACAAUUGUACUUUGCUACUUCCAGCUGUGCAGUGAGGACUACCUCUGGUGGUGGAGGUCGUAUUUGACUUCGGGUUCCUCUGCACUCUAUCUUUUCCUCUAUGCUGCCUUCUACUUCUUUACAAAGCUUGAGAUCACAAAGCCGGUGUCUGGGAUGUUGUACUUUGGCUACAUGCUGAUUGCCUCAUACUCAUUUUUCGUGCUGACUGGUACAAUUGGUUUCUAUGCAUGCUUCUGGUUCACAAGGCUUAUCUACUCAUCAGUGAAGAUUGAUUAGUUAAUUUUUGCAAAGUGAGGAAUGUGGCUGUUUGGUACCACCUGAGGAAGCGCACAGAAUUACCAAUUGGGAUGAGAAACAUGGUGAACCCUUCUGGACCUACCAUUCGGGUUCAGUUUUGAAUUUUAAAAUCAUAGAAAUUGUUAUUAUUGUUUAGUCUUCUCUAUACAGGUUCUUUGGCAGUUCUUAGUUUCUCCCUUUCCCUCUUCCCCCCUUCCCUUUUGUUUCUAAUUCUUUGUUCUCAUUGUCUUCUUGUUUUGUAUUAAACGUUUGCCCAAAUGGCCUACUUUAGAAAUGAAAAACAGAUUCUUGUAUCAA